GCGCGCGAAGGCUGCCGCGAAGGCGGAGGGCGGCGGCGGCGGCGGCGGCGCGGACGACGACGCGAAGGCGUCGUGGGUCGUCGUCGGCAAGCGCGAGUGCCAGGUGCGUUCUUAUUACACUGGUUCCCGUACGACCGCGUCGGCGUGGUGAACGCCGUUCCUUAAGGACUUUUGCCGGCGUGUCUCUCCGCCCACACCUCGCUUUCAAUCCCCGACCCUAUGACGCCUUUCAACUCCGCUUCUGACGCCUUUCAACUCCACCCCGACGAGUGCCAGCCGGACAAGAACGAGCUCGGGGGGAUGGUGGUCAACUUUCGCGAGAAGGCGCUCAGGCGCGUUCACACGUACACCGGUCCCGGCGCCCUCUCCGUCGCUCUCGUCCAAUGAACCGUCCACGUCAUCAAAUAACUAACCAAUCACAACAAUUCCCGCCGCGUCGCCCGCCAAUCGAACGACGACACCUCAGAGAGUUGUCGCGGCACAAGGCGCCGCUGUUCGCGCUCCCGGCGCAGUUCCAGCUCGAUUGCAAGCUGCGACUGCUCGUGCACGCGGCGCGCGGCGCGGGCGACGACGACGACGCCGCGCGCGGCGGCGGCGGGAGAGGCGGAAGAGGAAGGGGCGGACGCGGCGGCGGCGGCGGCUUCCCCGCGGGCGCCCGCGGCGGCGGCGGCGGCGGCGGCGUAAAAGUCUUGGGCGAAGCGCGGUUCUCUCUCCGAGAGCUCCUGAGGACGGAGCGGAGGCAGGUCACGAUGCCGCUCGUCGCGCCGUCGAACACGACGAGCCGCUACGGCGACGUCGGCGCGCGCACGGGCGAGGUGACGCUGCGAGCGACGCCGGUGGACGUCACGCGAGGGUGGGUCGGGAAAGGGCAGAGGCCGGCGGCGCCUCCUGGACAGGUGCGUUCUAUACACUGGUCCCCAUACGACCGCGUUCGCGUGGUGAACGCCGAUCCUUAA